UUACGGUAAGCCAGCGGCGCCGCACCAUAUCAAACAUGGCGCUGUCCUGUGCGAGAGUGUGUAGCCAUUUGUCUUUGGUCCGACUGUGUGGCCUCAGGACAAACAGGACAACAGCUUACCUUUAUCCUCCUUACGUGUCCUGCCAGUCCAGGUUGCCCCUGUGUCGACACUACUCGUCAUCCAAAGUUCGACGAGGUAUUGGUCGAUAUAUCCAGUGGGCAAACACCAAAUAUGAAGGCUUCCUUAAAAGGAGAAUUCCCCGCUUUUAUCAGCUCUACCAUACUUUUAUUGAAGGGUUUAAGUUACUGUUCCAAGAUGUCAAAGAGGUGCGGAGGAUAAAAGCAAAGAUGUCCUCUGAUGGAGUAAAGUUCCAGGAUUUGCCCUACAGGGAGAUGGAGAAACUCAGACAGUUUCGCAGAGACAUGAUCAAAGCCAUCCCGCUGGUGAUGAUAUCUAUCCCUCCCUUUGCCAACUACCUGGUUUUUGUCUUGAUGUACUUUUUCCCCCGCCAGCUCCUGAUCCGUCACUUCUGGACUCCCAGGCAGCAGGUAGAGUUUCGGGGAGUGUAUCAUUCCCUCAGGGCCCAGCACAACUGGCCAGUGCUCAAAGGGCUCGAGCAUGCGAGCCAUCGGAUCAAAGAUGGCCACCUGCAGAGUCGCCUUCAGGACCUGUGUGCUAAAGUGCAAAGUGGAGCGAACCCCAAAGUGUCUGAAAUCCUUGCUGUUCGAAGCCUGUUUUCUGGACCCCCUCUGGGCAUAAAGAGGAUGAGCGUGGAUCACAUGAGGCACAUCAGCCCCCUGCUCUUCCUGACGCCUCGCCUCCCGGGUUUCCUGAUCGGCCGGCGGCUGAACAGCCACGCCCUGGAGCUGCUGCAGCUGGAUCGGGCCCUCAGCAGACUGGGCCCUCACCAGCUCAGUGACUCUGAACUCAGACAGGCUUGUUAUGUAAGAGGACUCAAUUCUGACAUUCUUGGUGUAAACCAGUGCCGUGAGUGGUUAUCUCAGUGGCUUCAGGUGUCCUGCUCAUUGAAAGACUCUGAGGUGUCACUGCUUUUGCACAGCAUUGUAUUUCUCUCUGCCAACUACCCAAAUGGUCUCAAAUGGUCCCGCUAACAGGAAGCCGGAAGCAAUCUGCUUUUGAGAUUAUGCUCGCGUUCGUGCAAUGGGCAGCACAACAUCCUAAGAGUUGUCAUCAUUUCCUCUUUGCCAAGGGAAAAACAUUUUAAAACUGUUCUUGGGAAGAUUUUUGGCUUAAAAAAAAAAAAAAAAAAAUCUGCCGACUCAUCAGAGUAUAAAGAAAAUGAUCCUGUUCAUUCUAAACACUUUAGCGAUGUUCUGCUUGUCAGUUAAAGUUCUUGUCUCAGCUAUGAAAUCUCUGCU